UGCCAUCCCUAAUUUUUAGCACGUUGGCUUUUAUUGGGAAAUAUGGAUGCUGCACAGCUGUCUGGUGCCCUGCGCGACUUGCCAAAUAGGGUAUUGAACGUUCCCGUAGACGAGCGCCAAUCGUUGUUUCAUAAUGUGAGUGCGGUGUUAAACAAUCCCGGUGUUAACUCGAAUAUAAUAAGAGGCAUAUGCAAGGUGCUGGGAACAACAAUAUCAAAGUAUAAGGAUGCGUCUUCACAGCUAUUAGUUCGAAAACUUAUAUGCGAUCUAUUAAUUGCGCAUCAUGACCUAACUAUUGAGCAUAUGCUAGCUGUAUUCAAAGCACUUUUGUUCAAAGAAUUACCAUCUGCACCAACUCAUAAAUCGUGUAGAUCAGCUGUUGUAGCUUUGGGAUGGGUUACUUUAAUAUUAAAAAACUCAAACAGAGAUUCUAAUAUUUGUAAAACUGAAAAGUUGCGCUUUAUUGAAUAUCUGUCAUUGCUUUUUCAAAAUACAUUGAUCGCACAGAGCCCUCGAGUUUCAGAAGCAGCCACAAAAAUAAUAUUCGACUUAUGGGAGAAUAAUAUUAUUUUCGAAGAAAUGCUGCGAACUUUAUUCCAAAUGGAUGCUACAUCUAAUAUUACAGUUAUAAUAAUGAUGAUGGUACGAUUUGAAAUCGAGCACAAUCAGAAUGCUAUUUUAACUGAACACAGGACUAAAGUUGUGGAAUACUUUGUAAAAAGUAUGGUCUUAUGCAAAUGCAAACCUGAAAAAUCCGUCAUAACAACCUGUCGCCCAUUGCUGGAAACUCUGGACGACUCGGAAUUCAAUUUACAUAUUUAUGGUCCGGUACAAAAGGCUAUUUUGCGCAGUCCAGAAAAUACUUUAGAAAGCGUUGGUUUAAUAUUUGAUUUUAUAAAUAUUGAUGGAAGCCGUUACGCUACUCAAAUCGGAAUGGCUCUCAUCAGAAAACUUUACAGUGAUGGAGAAGUUGCACGCCGUGAGUCUUUGGAUUCACUAAAGAGUAUAUCGCAAAAGUGUUCAAAUGGAAACGUGAUUAAAGAAUUGCUGUCACGGAUUUUCUCCAUAUUGAAUGGAUCCGAUGGCAAAAUAAAUGUUGUAGAGUAUCGCAUUAAUCUAUUGCAGGGUGCUGGAUUCUUAAGCUACAACAAAGUCGCUCCAAGCAACCUACCAGAUGUUUUAAAUGAGGCUGUGGAUCUUUUUUCAAAAGCUCUGGAAGCUGAAACCCAAGAAAAGGUGAUUUGUUGUACACUGGAUAUGUUUGCUUUGUGGACCGCGAAGUUUAAAAACGAGAUACCCAGCGUGAUAACAAAUUUAUUUAACAAAGGCAUCGCGUACAAGAACACAAAUCAGGCGAUUAGACAAAGUUAUCUUGAGUGGUUACUGGCAUCGAUACAAAACACAGAGGUUAAAAAUGCCAACCAAUUAGUGCCCGUUUUAUACAGUUUGUAUACAAAGGCAUUGCAGAAUUCGUCGCAGAUUUCAAACAUAUCUGAAUCAGCAUGUCUAGCUAGCCUAAUUUUAAUAUUAGAGAAGCCGUCGGAAACUCAGUCAGCAUUUUGGAAUUCUGUGUUUGACAUGAAUAAGCAAUAUUAUUUCAAUGAAAAGUUUAUUUCGACAGCAACAGCAGAGACCCUUUGUCACAUUUCUCUUAUUGCUAAAAUCUUGCUAAUAUCAUACAUUGAUCAGAUCAAAGGACCUGUAGAACCUUUGCACAGAGUGUUACUUAAUAAUCUAUGCAACACUUCACUUAAAGUGCGAAACUAUACGAAAAUCCAAGUUACUCAAAUCACCAAAAGCAUUGAUGGGUUGAAUUUCAUAAAGCUUGCGCUGCAAGAAUUUGGAAAUUUACUGACUACAGCUAAAAUACAAUAUGACAGCGACAAUUGUGUUGAAAGUACUAGUACGCCGAGUCUGGCGUUUGUAGAAGCAUUAGAAAUUCUUUGUCAUGUAGAAAAUAUACAAAAUUUUGAUUCCAAGAGCUUAAGUGUGUUACUUUUAGAAAUAGCUAAUCAUCCAGCCAUACUGAUAAACAACCGUCACUUUUGGGAAAAGAUUAUUGAAAAUAACUUUAAUUUAAACCCGGUAUCAUUUAUUGCAACAAACCAAGAACAAAUCAUUGGCACUUAUAUAGAAAAUUUUAAGAUCUGUUCCAUAUAUGAAAACACAGUAGCUUCAUUGGUACGCAUCAAUCCAGAAGUAAUAGCUCCAGCUAUUAUUUUGCGUCUGAAAACAUAUCUAAAUGAUAGCAGCAAUUUUUCUAUUACUAAUGAUGAGUAUUUGACAUUUAUGACACCAGAGGGAGAAUUGUAUGAUAAGAGUGUAAUUCCACAAGCUGAUUCGCAGUAUGCAACGGUUGGUGUAAAACGAGAAAAUAAGGUUUACAGCUAUAAGGAGCAAUUGGAAGAGAUUCAACUUCGACGAGAGAUCGAUGAGAAGCGACAAAAGGAAGGCAAAUCGAAAACCGUUAAACUUACGCAAAAGCAGCAAGAAUUAAUAAAAAACCAGACCGAGAAAGAAAUGAGAAUAAGACAACGUGUCCAAAACUUGAACGAUAAAUUGAUGAGUAUGAUUAGUUUAUUAAAAGCUUCUUGCAUAGGAAAUGAGAAAUAUAUUGCAUUACAUUUUCAUACUCUAUUAGAUGAUAUUCUCUAUGCAACAUGUUGUCCUCUUAGCUCUGCGCCUUUGGUCGAUUUAUAUUUUUUCUUACACAACAUGUGUUUCAAAGAUAAUGUCUCUUUGGCUGCCGAGAUUGGCAUUGCUACUAUUCGUCUACAAAAACCGAAUUGCAUUUUAAAGGAAGAAUGGAAUAAAACUAAUUUAAACGACUGUGUCAUUGAUAUAUUAUCAAACUUGAACAAACAUAUUUUUAAAAAUGGAAACAACUUGAAUUCGCAAUCAUUUUCGUAUGCUUUCGAGUUUCUUAAACGUGCAAUAACAUUAAAUGAGACAAACGAUGAAUUCCUAUUAUUAAGUGUAAAAUUAAUUGAACACCAUGCUCAAUGUAAAGAAGAUAUAUCUACAGAUAUUACCUUUGCCAAGCACUUACCAAGAUUGGGGAUGUUUCGUAUAUUACUUUAUCUAAUAAAGAAUACUUCGACGACCGUACAGACACAGGCAGUAUAUGCUCUUUUGGAAGUUGCGAGUAUUUCAUCAGGAGGUAAAUGGAGCGGUACACCAGAUGAUCAAAUAAUUGCCUUGUUCUUAGAUGCGCUGCAAAGUAAUACCGAACGAAUAAGAGAUGUGGCUUUACGUUCACUAAAAAUCAUGAUCUUGUCAAUUGUCAAUCAUGUUGAUUUAAAUGCUGCCCUUAAAAAGCAACUGAUUGCGAGAUUGUGGAUAGCAAAAUUCGAUGUUUCAUUAGAUAUUAGAAACAUUGCAGUUGAUAUCUGGGAUACUGUCAACUUAAGUUUACCUGCGUUUGAUGAUAUCGUUUGUGAUAUAACACACUCGGAACUAUGCAUACAAAAAGCUUCCGCUGAAUCACUGAUUCCACUUAUAAUAAAUGACAAUAGUUUGACCAAAUUUGGAUUAAAAAAAAUGUUGGCGAUUUAUAAUGAGAAACUUAUUUUAAUUCCUCCAGUAUUGGAUAAAUUUGAUCGGGAAAUUGAACCCGCCGCCGAUCAGUGGAAGCCACGAAGGGGUGUAGCUAUUGCAAUAUCGCAAAUAGCACCAUUUUUUUCAAUUGAUGACAUAGACUUUCUCAUGCAAUUCAUGGUAUCUAAAGGUCUUGGUGACCGCGAGGAUAUUGUGCAUAAAGAAAUGCUAGCUGCUGCCUUAAAAAUAGUUGAUUUACAUGGUAAAGAAACAAUAGUUACACUACUUCCAGUAUUUGAGGAAUUUCUUGACAAAGCUCCAAAAUCCCAAAGUUUUGAUAACAUACGCCAAGCUGUUGUCAUUCUUAUGGGCUCAUUAGCUCGGCAUUUAGAAAAGGAUGAUAAGAGAAUAGAUCCAAUAGUUAAACGAUUGAUAUCAGCACUGUCUACACCGUCCCAGCAAGUUCAGGAAGCGGUGUCUAACUGUUUACCGCAUCUCAUGCCAUCUAUUAAAGACGAAGCGCCUGCAAUCAUCAAAAAACUCUUGCAAUCAUUAGCUAAAUCUGAUAAAUACGGAGAAAGGCGAGGUGCCGCAUAUGGCAUUGCUGGCAUUGUCAAAGGUCUGGGCAUUUUAUCACUUAAACAAUUAGACAUCAUGUCCAAAUUAACAACAUACAUACAGGACAAAAAAAAUUAUAGAUGUCGUGAGGGUGCUCUCUUUGCAUUUGAAGUCUUAUGCACAACUUUAGGACGUCUCUUUGAGCCGUACAUUGUUCAUGUCCUUCCGCACUUGCUCCAGUGCUUUGGUGAUUCAUCCCAGUACGUACGCCAAGCUGCUGAUGACACUGCUAAGGUAGUAAUGGGAAAACUAUCCGCUCAUGGAGUCAAACUUGUGCUACCAUCACUUCUUGAUGCGCUAGACGAAGACUCGUGGAGGACAAAAACAGCUUCUGUUGAACUAUUAGGAGCUAUGGCAUUUUGUGCUCCGAAACAGCUAUCGUCUUGCUUGCCGAGCAUUGUACCAAAGUUGAUCGAAGUACUUGGGGACUCUCAUACAAAGGUUCAAGAAGCGGGCGGAGAGGCUUUAAAAGUAAUAGGCUCUGUUAUUAAAAAUCCCGAAAUUCAGGCAAUUGUACCUGUUUUAUUGAAAGCCUUGGAAGAUCCAUCUAACAACACUUCAGUUUGUCUUCAAAGCUUGCUUAAAACAAAAUUCAUUCACUUUAUUGAUGCACCUUCUUUGGCUCUAAUUAUGCCAGUUGUUCAAAGGGCAUUUAUGGACCGAUCAACAGAAACGAGAAAAAUGGCUGCCCAAAUUAUCGGCAAUAUGUACUCCCUGACAGAUCAAAAAGAUUUGACGCCAUAUCUACCAAGCAUAAUUCCUGGAUUGAAAUCUUCGUUACUUGAUCCCGUCCCAGAAGUCAGAGCGGUAUCUGCCCGUGCACUUGGUGCGAUGGUGAAAGGAAUGGGUGAAUCUUCCUUUGAAGAUCUUUUGCCCUGGCUUAUGCAAACCUUAACAUCGGAGUCUAGCAGCGUUGACCGUAGUGGCGCAGCCCAAGGACUCUCUGAGGUUGUUGGUGGACUGGGUGUGGAAAAAAUGCACAAGCUGAUGCCUGAAAUAAUUGCCACAGCAGAAAGAACCGAUAUUUCCCCACAUGUUAAGGAUGGGUAUAUUAUGAUGUUCAUAUAUAUGCCUGGUGCGUUCCCUGAAGAGUUUACUCCAUACAUUGGUCAAAUAAUAAAUCCGAUUUUGAAAGCAUUAGCCGAUGAAAGCGAAUAUGUACGCGAUACGGCGUUGAAGGCUGGUCAACGUAUUGUAAAUUUAUACGCAGAGAGUGCUGUUGCUCUUUUACUUCCAGAGUUAGAAAAGGGACUGUUUGAUGAGAACUGGCGUAUCAGAUACAGUUCCGUACAACUACUUGGUGACCUAUUAUACCGUAUAUCUGGUGUGUCUGGUAAAAUGACUACGGAAACAGCAAGUGAAGAUGACAAUUUCGGUACAGAGCAAUCACACACAGCCAUUAUUCGCUUUUUGGGCGAUGAGCGCCGCAACAGAGUAUUAUCCGGCCUUUACAUGGGACGCAGCGAUGUAUCCCUGAUGGUUCGACAAUCAGCGUUGCAUGUGUGGAAAAUUGUGGUAACUAAUACACCCAGGACAUUAAGAGAAAUUUUGCCAACAUUGUUUGGAUUGUUAUUGGGAUGUUUAGCUAGCACUAGCUAUGAUAAACGACAAGUCGCUGCACGUACUUUGGGAGAUCUUGUAAGAAAGCUUGGAGAAAGAGUGCUUCCAGAGAUUAUUCCCAUAUUAGAAAGUGGUCUGAAUUCAGAACAAGCGGACCAAAGACAAGGUGUCUGCAUUGGUUUAUCGGAAAUAAUGGCAUCAACUUCAAAGGAAAUGGUUCUUACUUUUGUGCACAGCUUGGUUCCCACUGUUCGUAAAGCUCUUUCUGACCCCUUGCCUGAGGUACGAGAAGCAGCCGCUAAGACAUUUGAAUCUUUGCAUAGUACUGUGGGCUCGCGCGCAUUGGAUGACAUUCUACCCUCAAUGUUAAAUGGUCUCUCCGAUCCAGAUCCGUUGGUGGCGGAGAACACCUUAGAUGGAUUACGACAAGUGAUGUCAAUAAAAUCUCGGGUUGUACUACCAUAUCUCGUUCCGCAACUAACGGCACCGCCAGUAAAUACAAAGGCACUUUCAAUAUUGGUGUCGGUUGCUGGUGAUGCAUUAACAAAAUAUUUACCGAAAAUUUUAUCUGCGCUUCUGGAAUCAUUAUCCCAAUCACAUGGGACUGCUAAUGAGCAACAAGAAUUGGAAUACUGCCAGACUGUUAUCUUGUCCGUAACUGAUGAAGUUGGAGUAAGGACAAUAAUGGAUACUCUUAUGAUGUCAGCAAAAUCAGAUAAUGCAUGUACCCGAAAGUCUUCUGCCAGUUUACUUUCCGCUUUUUGCAUCCAUUCACCUGGCGACUACUCUCAAUACAUUCCACAACUUCUUCGUUGUUUGCUACGAUUAAUGGCCGAUCAGGAUAAGGGUAUACUGCAGAAUGCGUGGGAGGCGCUAAAUGCGGUUAUAAAGGGCCUCAAUCCAACACAGCAAAUCGGUUAUGUAAGUGACGUACGACAAGCAGUUAGAUUUGCUGCUGGCGAAUUAAAGGGCUCAGAUCUGCCAGGCUUUUGCCUGCCAAAGGGAAUUACGCCUCUAUUGCCAGUGUUUCGUGAAGCGAUUCUUAAUGGUUUACCAGAAGAAAAGGAAAACGCUGCACAGGGUCUUGGCGAAGUCAUUUAUCUUACAAGUGCACAGUCAUUGCAACCGUCUGUAGUACACAUUACCGGACCCCUAAUUCGCAUUUUGGGAGACCGAUUUAACUCUGGAGUAAAAGCUGCUGUUCUGGAGACAUUAGCCAUUCUACUACAUAAAGUUGGUGUAAUUUUAAAACAGUUUUUGCCCCAACUGCAGACAACGUUUUUGAAAGCACUGCACGAUCAAAACCGAAAUGUGCGCAUGAAAGCGGGCAGAGCACUCUCUGAGCUAGUCGCCAUUCACUCAAGAGCUGAUCCUUUGUUUAAUGAAAUUCACAACGGCAUCAAAAAUGCUGAUGAUUCUGCUGUAAGAGAAACCAUGUUGCAUGCGCUGCGUAGCAUUAUUACUCCAUCUGGUGAAAAAAUGUCUGAACCCAUAAAGAAGCAAGUGUUUUCUACUUUAUUAACAAUGAUUGGCCAUCCAGAGGAUAUAACAAGAAAUUCUGUCGGUGGAUGUCUAGGAGCUAUGAUUAGGUACAUGCCCACUGAACAAGUUAGUGAUCUAUUAAACAACCAUGUGUUUACUGAGAUUGGGGAUGAUUCGUUUGUGAAGCAUGGUUACACUGUUAUUCUUUUUGUUGCUUUGAAGGAAUGUGCAAACAAUGUGCUGACCGAGAAAUUCACUGACAAGAUUAUAGCUUACAUUUUGAUUAACAUUGUGUCAGAAAAGGUCCUUAUUGCCAGUAACUCUGUUAGAGCAGCAACAUAUCUCCUAGAAUAUAAACUAGUCCUUGGUGAGGAGCCACCAAAUAGUGUUAUAGUCGCACUGGCUAGAGCAAUGAACCACAAUAGCAAUGACGUUAAACAGUUGGUAGCCAGAAGUUGUAUUCAUCUAUCUAAAAAUGUUACAGCUGAGCAAAUCAAUAUUGAUGUUAUGAAGACCUUAGUUCCGACUCUGGUCAAUGGUACCAAAGAGAAGAAUGGAUAUGUAAAGUCCAAUUCAGAAUUGGCUCUUAUAUCAAUAUUAAGGUUAAGGUCAGAUGACACAACCUUUAUAAAAAUAUGUGAGGUUCUCGAAACUGGGGCAAAAGACUCUUUGAGUGAGGUUGUAACAAAGGUUUUAAAGAGAGUGGCAGUUCAGGCACCAGCUAAAGAAGAAGAUUUAGACGACACAUUGCAAACCUGAUUGUAAUGACGGCUUAUAUACUUUAUACGUAUAAUAAUUACACUUUUAAAACUUGUAAUACUUCGAUACAAGCUAAUAAAACAUUGUACGAACAUUUUGUGAACUGAACCUAAUAAAAUCAAACUCAUUGCUCUUAA